UGUCAUUUGAGUGUUUAAAUAAGGAGCAUAGAGUACUCAUGAUUUCAUGAUAUCAAAAUGUAGAAGAAUCGCUUGAAUAUAAAUUAGUCAUCGAUGCUACAAAAUUAAAGGUUAUCUUUAAUUGGUUUAAUAUCAUCAUGAUGUCAUAAUUAAAAGAAAGAAAGGCACUGGUUGUAUCAUGAGCUGCUCUGUAGAGCUAAGACAGCGUAGACAACAGGGGAUGGCGGAGGAUCCUCAUAAACUCGCAGCAAUGAUGAAUAAAUCUCAGAGACUUGUAUUGGGAUUAUUAGUUUUAUUAUUAGUUGAUAUCAUUUGGGUUUCUAGUUCUGAACUUACUAAAUAUAUUUAUAGAGAAGCAGCAUUUGAAAAGCCAUUUUUUAGUACAUAUGUAAAAACAUCAAUGUUUACAUUCUAUUUACUUGGUUUAUGCUUUUGGCCUCCAUGGAGGGAUCAAUGCAAUAAACCAGCAACAUAUAUGUUUGUAGAUCCUAAUGUGGAAGAUGAUAAUUUUUACUCUGAAGCUAAUACAAGUUUGAGUGACCCAACAUUUGUCCCAAUUAAAACACCAGACCACUGUGAUCGUUCUUCAGGCACAGAAAGUGAUGAUUCAUCAAUACGCUCAGUAAGAUUUAGUAAAUUAGCAGAAGUUCGUCAUAUGUCAGAAAGUGAUGCCACAGAAGCAUUAUUGGCACGACUUAGUUAUCAGGCAAGCUUGAGAGCUGGGGAACAUGCAAGACGACAAGCCAAUAAGUUUUCUGUCCAAAAAGUUGCCAAGAUUGCACUUAUGUUUUGCUUACUUUGGUUCAUGGCAAAUUAUACUUAUCAAAUAUCAUUAGCAAAAACUGAAGCAGGAGUUGUGACUGUAUUAACAUCAACUUCUAGUUUAUUCACUCUAUUUCUUGCUGCCUUUUUUCCCAGUAAUGGUGGAGAUAAAUUUACAUUGUCUAAGCUAGUUGCUGUCUCUGUCAGCAUUCUUGGUCUAGUUCUGGUUGGUUUUUCAGACUUAACUAUAAAAAGUAGUAGGAUACCAACAGGCAUAAUAUUGGCUCUAGUCAGUGCAUUUUUUUAUGCAGCUUAUAUUGUAUUUCUAAAGAGGAAAGUAGAUCACGAGGAUAAAAUGGAUAUUCCAAUGUUCUUUGGCUUUGUUGGACUUUUUAAUUUAAUACUUCUAUGGCCUGUGUUUUUUAUUCUACAUUAUGGUCAUUGGGAAGAAUUCGAAUGGCCAGAUACUCAUCAGUGGACAUUUUUAAUUAUCAAUGGUUUGAUUGGUACAGUUUUAAGUGAAGUACUUUGGUUAUGGGGUUGUUUUUUAACGUCAUCCCUUAUUGCAACUUUAGCAGUUAGUUUACUUAUGCCAAUGUCAAUGAUUGCUGAUGUGUUAUUAAAAAAGGUUGAAUAUCCAUACAUUUUUUAUCUAGGAACUGUUCCAAUGCUAUUAGCAUUUUUGACUGUGUCCCUUUUAUCCUAUUAUGAUAAUUGGGAUCCAGUCAUGGAUUUAAUAAAAAGAAUUUAUAUUUGGAUUUGUAGGAAAAAUAGAUCAAUAAGAAUACAAGAUCUUGAAGCAGAGCAAACAGAAUCGCUCAUAGGAAUAAAUAGCGGCGAACAUGAAGCUUAACCUGAC